AUGAAGAGCGCUGUCAUCCUGCCACCGACGCACACCGCGGGCGACGACAUCCUUGACGAGGACAAGGGCGCGAUUGUGCUGGCGACGCACGAGCUGCGCCCACUCGAGUGCGCCCGCGACGACGUCGCCGACGCCUUGCGCUCCAUCGACGACGCCGACUGGUACGUCCAAUACGAGGCGAUCGAGACCUUUCGCCGGGCACUCGUGCACCACGCGCCGGCCGCGGGCCCGCACCUCGGCGACGUCCUCGCCAUCUUCUCGGCCGCGAGUCUCAACCUCCGGUCCGCCACGAGCAAGAACGCGCUCCUUGCGCUCGCCGAGUGCUUUGAGUUUGGCGACGUGACCGCGCUGCCGCUCCUCCAUGUCGUCCAAGCGCUCAUGAAGCGCGCCGCGUGCGAGAAGAAAUUCCUCCGCGACGCAGCCACGCUCGCGAUUGCAAAGCUCACGACGCACGCGCCGACGUGGCCCGUCCUGGUGUCGCUCGCGGCCUACUCGUCGAGCAAGAGCGCCAAGCUCGUCGCCGCCGCGUGCAAUGGCACGAUGCUCUGCUUGCUCCAAAUGCAAGUGGACGCCGCCAUCUUGAACCCGACGCAGAUCAUCGAGGUGCUGCCGGCGCUCGCUCGGUUCCGCAACGGCAAGGACGCCAAGGCCCGCGAAGAUGCGCUCGUGGGCUUGAACGUCGUCGCGUCGUUUGCCGGCGGCAGCGAUAUCUUUGAGAAGCUCGUGAGCACCGCAAUUGCCGACAAGGUCGCCGCCACCAAGGUCCUCCAGGCUGUCAUCGCAAGCAACAAGCGCAAGGCCCUCGCACGCGCACCGCUGACGACGGGGCUUCGCGCGGCGCUCCAGAGCCGGAAACAGCAGCAGCUGCAACCGCCGACGGUCGUCGAGUAAGCGUCGCAAUGCUGAUGCGAGAGGUCGUUUGUACAAACUACGACGCACCAUAAUGGACUCGGAAACGCGUCGGCGUCGGCAGGUCGUGUAGGGCUAGGCUCUGCUCAU